AACGCUGUGUUAGUGGCAGUUGGCAGUUUUGUUUUGUGCAUUUGAUAAACUUCAUAAACUGAAAUGGCGGAUAAUAUGGAUUUUUCAAAAAAGAAAACAAGAUAUUGCAGCUGUUGUAUUGAUUCAUGUAAAAAUAUUGAAUAUAGCAGUACUGGAUGCAGUUAUUAUAUUCGGAAACAUUGCGUACAUGUCCUGCAUCAACUAAAUCCUUUCCUUUUUUGGUGUUGCUGAUUGAAAUUGGAUAUCAUGGGAAAUAAGACUUGAAUCCAGUAUAAUGUUUAAUAUCCAUUUUGAUAGAAUUCAAACAAAUUACAAUUCAUACAAAUUACAAAUUUUAAUAAGCAAAGCAGUAAGCACACAAAAAAGGAGCGCCUAAAAGGAGGACUUCGCAGAUGUCACCACCCACACGUGAUUUGUGCUGUUGUGUUGCUGUUUGCUUGUUUUGGUUGGUAUAACAUUAACAUAACCUAAGAAAUUAUUUUUUGGCGGACUGUUGAUUCGUAUUUUAAUAAUUGUGGAUUUCUUUCUUAAAAAUAAAGGAAAAUGGGAGUGUUUUGCCGUGAGUGUAAUAAGGAGUUUCAGACUCAAUCGAGUCUUAAUCCGCACAGUAGAAACGUGCAUAAAAAGUAUGAAAACUAUAUAGAAUAUGAAACUCCUAAAAGGUAUUGCUGCAAAGAAUGUAACUUGUUUUUCAAUUAUAAUAAAGACUUACGUGCCCAUUUAUUGGAGAAACACGACCAUAUUACAGAAUUAGUGAAUCUUCAGUUUAAAGACUUAUCCGAAUUUACUGCUUGGAUAGUAAGCGAACAAGAGCAACUUGGACUGAAGUAUUCCAAAACAAGUGGAUUAAUGCGCUCUGGACAGUUAGAACAACAUUAUUACGAAUGUUUGUCUUUUUCUAUUACUGAUCUACCAAGCACAUCCCAAUACAAUGAACUACGAAAAACACACAACUCCUGCACCAGUCAAAUAAAAAUGGUCAGAAAUAUUGAAACAAGUAACUGUACUGUGUCAUACUUUAAAACUCAUUAUGGCCAUGAUGAAAAAUCAGUACAGUUACAGUCUUUUGAAAAACAAGAAAAGAAAUAUAUUUGUUUACAGUGUAAAUUAACUUUUAAUGGUAAUAGGGAUUUAAGAUUCCAUUUACACGAAGAACAUGGGCAACCUACUGAGCUGGUAAAAUUGGAAUUCGAAAACUUUUUAGAUUUUACUGUGUGGAUGGCACAAGAAGAAAAAAAUAAUUAUAUUCAGUACUGUAAAAACACAGGAGUAAAGCGUCACAAAGAGCAUGAAACGUCUUACUAUGAAUGUAUACGAUCCUCAAAAAAUUAUCCUACAAAACAAAAUCGAGAAAGAUCAUUAAAAUCCCUUGGAUCCUGCAAAAUGUUAAAUUCGUGUACUAGUCAAAUAAUAGUAUCCAAAAAUAUUCAAACUGAUUGUUGUACAGUUACUUAUUUUAAAACGCAUUAUGGACAUGAUAAUGACAUAGAACAUUUACAUGUUCCAAAAUCUGAUAAAGAAAAUAUUGCUUCAAAGCUUAUUUUGGGAGUUUCUUCAAAAAUUGCACUUAAGACUGUACGGGAUAGCAUAGGAGGUGAAUUAAAAAGAGCUGAUUUAAUUACAAGAAAAGAUAUUACCAAUAUUAAACACUCCUAUGGCAUUGAUCUGAAAGAUGAAUGUAGGCACAAAGAUGACGCAACCAGUGUUCAUUUAUGGGUGACUGAAUGCUUACAGACCAAGCCAAGUCCAGUAUUAUUUUAUAAACAACAGGGCAUAAUAAUGGAUAAUAAUCCUGAAUUUAAGAGUAAUGAUUUUUGUCUAAUUUUUAUGAAUGCUGUACAAAAGAAAAUGUUAGUUAAGUUUGGGAAGUCUGUUAUUGCAAUUGAUGGAACUCAUGGGCUCAAUUCCUAUGACUUUGAACUUACAACAAUAUUAGUAAGAGAUGAAUUUGAGAAUGGAUUUCCCACUGCUUUUUUAUUUUCAAACAGAAAAGAUACUUAUAUUUACCAACUUUUUUUUGAAACAAUACGUGAGCGUGUUGGUAUUAUACAGUCAAAUGUGUUCAUGUCAGACAUAACUAACACCUAUUAUAAUGCCUGGUCAAAUGUAAUGGGUUCUGUUCCAAACAGACUGUUAUGUGCCUGGCACAUAGAUAGGGCAUGGCAAGUAAAUGUUAACAAAAUAUCUGAUUCUGAAAAAAAAUCAUAUGUAUACAAGAUGUUAAAAGAGCUGCAAUUUGAGUUAGAUUCAGAUAAAUUUUUUGAGAGUCUUAAUAACUUUUUGGGUAAAAUUUUAAAUGAUGCAGAUACAUCCAAUUUUGGUAGGUAUUUCCAGCAGAACUACUGCGAUAAUAUCGAACAAUGGGCCAAUGUUUAUAGAAAGGGUUGUGGAAUUAAUACCAAUAUGGCCAUUGAAAAUUUUCAUAAAGUUUUAAAAUACUUUUAUUUAGAUAAGAAAAAAAUGAAAAGAUUGGAUAAGAGUAUCCAUCAGUUGAUAUUGUUUUUAAGGGAUAAGACAGUUGAAAGAAUUAUAAAGCUUAAAAAAGGCAAGCCUGAUGAAAGCUCUAUAACAUCUAGACAUCGAACUGCAUUAGCUUGUUCUUUUACAAUGGUACAAGAUAAUAAUGUGUAUAUAUUAAAUGAAGAAAAAAAUGAAUACCUUGUUGAAAGACAAAAAACUGUUAGUUGCUGCUACAUUACAUGCAGUUUGUGCAAUAUAUACAGGGUGGUUCAUCUUAUUCGCCUCGGUCUCUGUACGGAAAACCACUUGAUAUUUUAAAAAAUUUUCUUCACAGAAAUAUA